UGGCGGCUGAGGGGGGUCCGGGGGCGCCAAGGGAGCUCCAGGGGCAGCGGGGCACGGCCCGAGCCCCGCUCUCGGCAUCGUCCCCGGGCGGCGGGGGUCUCCCCCGCCUGUGGGCCUCCUUCCUGCUGCUCCAGCAUGAAGAGCACCCGGAGCUGCUGCUCUGUCCAGAGCUCUGACGUGGCAGAGCUGAUCCUGACGGGGCUCCCGGCGCCGGUGUCGCGGCGCCCCGGCAGCGCCUCCGCUGCCAAGCUGGUGGCACGCUCUGUGUCCGUGGCUGCUGAUGGCAAAGCCAAGAGGAACGCCACGGAGGAUGCGGGAUCCCGGGCCAUGAACAACCUGCGCAGGUCCAACAGCACCACCCAGGUGAACCAGCGGGUGAACAGCUCCCACAGCUCUGAGCAGACAGGAGACUUCCUGGCCUUCUUUGAGGGUGACCCAAUAGGAAGGAAGAAACUGGCAGCUCUGAGCAAAACCUCCCCAGAAAAGAAAACCACCUGGAAUAUCUUGGAUGACCAGCCCCGAGUGUUCCCGGGCCCCUCUGGCUCCCACGGCCUCGAGCCACCCACGGGCAUGAGGAGGAAGGAAGCCACAGUGCUCCUGGCUGCCAACUUCACUGCCAACAACAGGAGCAACAAGGGCGCGAUGGGCAACUGUGUCACCACCAUGGUGCACAACAACUACUCCACUGCUGAGAAGGGCCCUGCUCCCAAGAGCUCCAACCAGGCUCCCAGUUCCCUCAACAAUGUCGUCAAAGCGGCCUCGAACGAGGACGGGGAAGGCAGCAGCAGCCUCGUGAAGUCUCAGAAGAAUUUCUCCAGCAACAACAUCAUGACCCACAACAACAACAGCAGCAGCAGCAGCAGCGUUCCCCGGAGGAGGGAGGUGACCGAGGAGGAGGCUGAGAGGUUCAUCCAGCAGGUGAACAUGGCUGCUGUCACCAUCCAGCGCUGGUACCGGCGCCACUCGCAGCGGCACAGGACGGCGGCUGCGGCUCUGGGGCGCCUGAUGGCUGCCAAGAGAGAGGAAAGGCAGCAGCGGAUGGAGGAGGGGAAUAUCCUGGAUUUGCAGGAGAGGAAGGAGGAGGAGCGCCGGAGGAUCCGAGAGGAGAAGGCACGGCUGGCCCGGCACGCUGCCAUCCAGGAGCUGCAGCAGAAAAGGGCCCAGAAGGCCUUGGAGACAAAGCGCUCGGCAGAGGAGCAGGUGCUGGUGAAGGAGAGCAGGAGGGUGCCCAAGAAGAAGCCUGGUGCCAAACCUGCCUCAGCCAGGAAUGCCAGCCCAGCCAGCAGCCUCAGCAAAGCCAACAACGCCGAGGCCAAUUCCCCCUCAGCAGCCUCGGAGCUGGAAGGAAGCAGCCUGGGAGCUCUUGGCUCCGUGCCCUUGCAGGACCCUGGGGCAGAGGACAAACUGCAGGAUGUGAGCUGCAGGGAGACAGGUAACGAGGACCUGGAGACAGCAGUGGCUGCUGGCAGCAGGGCUCCAUCCAAGGUCACUCUCAACGAGCUGCUGGACACGCUCAGGCUGCUGGAGGAGGAGCCAGAGCUGCUGCCCCCACCCAAGCUCCUCAAGAAGGACAGAUAUGCCUGGAUGGACAGGGAACCCAGCUCCAACUCCCUGACUGCUGAUAACUUGGAGAAGUUUGGGAAGCUGAACCACCCUCCAGGGGUCCCUGAGGACGGGGCUCUGCUCUCAGAGGCCAAGCUCCAAAGCAUCAUCAGUUUCCUGGAUGAGAUGGAGAAGUCGGAGCAGGAGAGGCCCAGGUCAGCUGCCUCAGCCACACAGAGGGAGAGCUUCCUGUUGGAAGAGGAGCUGGCUCACGUGGAGCAGGUGUCAGCGGUUGCCACGGAGGUGACAAGCUCCAUGAUGAGGCUGAAGCUGGAGGUGGAGGAGAAGAAGAGAGCCAUCAGCCUGCUGCAGACUGCUCUGACCCAGCAGAGAGAACUGACCGACCGCCACGUCAAACAGACCGAGAAGGAGCUCAGCCAGCAGCUCAGGCUGCAGAGGGAGCAGUAUGAGGCAGCUAUCCAGAGGCACCUGGCCUUCAUUGACCAGCUCCUCGAUGACAAGAAGGUGCUGAGUGAGAAGUGUGAGGCCGUGGUGGCAGAGCUCAAACAAGUGGACCAAAAGUAUGGCCAGAAGAUCAACCAGAUGCAGGAGCAGCACGAGCUGGUCUGGCGCACUUUGGGCCCCUUUUGUGAGGAGAUUAAGAAACUGAAGGAACUCAUGAGCGCAACUGAGAAAGUCCGGCGGGAGAAGUGGAUUGAGGAGAAAACCAAAAAGAUCAAAGAAAUCACCGUGAAAGGGCUGGAGCCGGAGAUCCAGAAGCUGCUGGCCAAGCACCGUGAGGACAUCCGGCAGCUGAAGCUGCUGCACGAGGCCGAGCUGCUGCAGUCGGACGAGCGGGCGGCGCUGCACUACGGGCGGCAGGCGCAGGAGCUGCGGGGGCUGCUCGAGAGGGAGAAGGAGGAGCAGAGCCAGCGGGAGCGUGAGCGGGCCCGCCAGAGGUGUGAGCAGCAGCUGGAGCAGGAGGAGCAGGCGCUGGAGCUGCAGCGGCGCCGCCUCUAUGCCGAGGUGGCCGAGGAGAAGGAGCGGCUGAGCCAGCAAGCAGCCAGGCAGCGGGCAGAGGCAGAGGAGCUGCGGCAGCAGCUGGAGGCCAACAGCUCAGCCCUGAGCCGGGCACUGCGGGACGAGUACACCAAGGAGAAGGAGGAGCAGGAGAGGCGGCACCAGGCAGAGCUGAAGGUGCUGAAGGAGCAGCUGGAGCUGGAGAAGCAGGCCUGGGAGGCCAACUACGUGAAGAAGGAGGAAGCCUGGCUGCUGUCCCGGGAGCGGGAGCUGCGGGAGGAGAUGAGGAAGGAGAGGGACAAAGAGAUCGAGCUGGUGAUCCAGCGCCUGGAGGCCGACACGUCCUUGGCCAAGGAGGAGUGCGAGAGGGCAGCGGAGAGCAGGAUCAAGAGGAUCCGGGACAAGUACGAGGUGGAGCUGCAGGAGCUGGAGCACUCGGAGAGGAAGCUGCAGGAGCGCUGCAACGAGCUCAAGGGGCGGCUGGCCGAGCUGGAGGGGGAGAGCACGCGGCUGCAGGGGCUGCUGAAGCACAAGGAGCAGGAGCUGGAGGAGAUGCGCAAGGAAUUUGCAGACAGGCUGGUGGGGAUGGAGGAGGAGAACGCGCGGCUGAAGGCAGAGAUGGCGGAGCUGAGGGCCCGGCAGCACCUGGAGCUGGACAGGCUGCUGAGGGAGAAGGACCAGGAGCUGGAGGAGGUGCACAGGAGGGUGAAGGCGGCGGUGCUGAGGAAGGAGGAGAGCAUGAGCAGCCUGCGGAAGCAGUACGAGGCGGCCGUGCAGAGAGCCAGCCUGCUGGAAUCGCUGCUGCAGCGGCAGCGGGAGCUGGCAGCCGAGUGACAGUGACAUCCUGCGGGCAGGGAGCGGGGCUGGGCCGGGCUCGGGCCCUCCCCUCCCUCCUCCCCUCUUCUCCACAGCCUGCUCCCAGUGCCCUGGCCGUGCUGGGACACUCGGUGGCCUUUGGAUUGUUGGGAGUUUUGUUGUGAUAAUAAAUCUCUGCUGGUUUCUACA